CUGAAUCUUGUUUGAUAUCCUUCUUUUGAUCCUUUUUUUUCUGGAGCUUGAUCUAUCCUCUUCGUUUUCAAUCUCCAAGAAUCGGUUGAGAUCGGAUUCAGAUGGCGGCGUCAAGACGAUUGCAUGACCUCUAAUCUCAACCAGGGAACAAGAUCUGCGUCGACUGUGCCCAAAAGAUUCUGCAAUGGGCUUCAAUAUCCUAUGGCAUCUUCAUGUGUUUGGAGUGCUCCGGCAAGCACCGUGGUCUCGGCGUCUAUAUUUCUUUCGUCAGGUUUGUUACCAUGGACUCUUGGUUUCGAUGGAGGUGAAGCAGGGAGACCACGCUGCUUUUGCUACGACUGUCACAAAGGAGAUGAGGUGGUGUCCAGCGGGUUGAACGAGUCGAACGGGUUUGGACGAGCCAACUCUCAAAACGGGCCGAAGCAUGCACUCGGCCUGUUUUUAAGCUCGGGUUUGGUUGAACCGAUUCAUCCGACCGGACCGGGCUGGGUUUUAAAACAAUGGUUGGAAUGAAUUAAUGUCCUCCUGCCACGUCGCCAUCGUAACUUUUGGAUCUACUGUCCUGAGUAUUACUCCUCCACAUUGUUGCGUCACGUGCUCUCCGUGAACAAGAUCGAAUGACUCCAGUUUUGUAACGGAUGUCGGUGGGGUCAGACAGUUUUCCUGUAAGGUCCACAUGUAAUUUCGGCGACAAUUUUGUCUACCAAAACAAAAACCAAAUUAAAUAAAUAAAUAGAUAUAAUAAAAUCAAUUAAUUUAU